AUUCAGCUAUCGUUUCCAUCUUCCGUUGUCUUAACAUUUAUACUUUCAUUGCUCUCAAUUCACCCAUUAUACAACCACCGCGUAGUAGCUGCGACGAAUACAGGCGAUUCUGGCUGGUCUAGCAUUCCCAGGGCUGGUCUCUGUUCACCGGUCUUAUCAAAGCAAUAUCUGAUUCCGCCAACGCAAUCGCCGGCCUUCUGUUACUAGUACACCCUUUUUUCCCAUCAAUUGUAUUCCUACGGAAUUGCUCCAUACUACAACAUGGACGACAGUCAAGCUGGCCCUUCCCUUACUGCAUAUGCAAGCCGUUUCCUUGCGAACAGAAUGGGGGAUAGAGGCAGAGAGGUCCAAGGUAGUCAGAUAUUCCGAUCUCCAUCACCAUCAUCGCCUACCCACGACCCCUUCAUUCCUUCACCAUCUCUAAACGCAUCUCAUCCUCACCUCCCUGGAUCACGAUCACCUUCGCGCUCACCGACUCGUACUCCGCCUUUCCCCGGUGCUGGAAUUGAGGCCAUACCAGAUAUUGAUGGCACAAUGGGAGCUAGUAGCGUUGGAGUUGGUCUCCUUUUUGACGGACCUGAGGAUGAUGACCAACCAAAACCUCAAGAGAGUUUUACACAGCCACCUGUCGGGUUCGGCGGAAACAAAGGGAAAGAACGGUCGAGGAUACCUAAUCCCUACGAAUCUUCUUCCGAAAGUGAAGACGAGGAUGAAGGCGAGCCCGAGAUGGCCCUAGAUGAGGUCGAUACUGUGAGACGUUCGUUACUCCGACCUCAUCCGCAGCAACAACGCGAACCUCUCUCAGAACGCGCAAAGAAGGGUUGGCUGGCACAUCAGAGUGUGUUCCCGCCUUCAUCUUCAUCAUCCAGCGAUGAUGAGAGUGAUAAAGAGACGGAAUCUGAAUCUGGGGAUGGUGAAUCGAGAUUUACGAAUGGUGGUCAAGGAUUGUACGAGGGGGGGGCGGAUAGCUCCAACUUGUAUGACACGCGGACGAUACCUGCCGCCUACAAUGUCGCUACUAACCUGGAGGAACCUCUUCUUGCCGAAGAAGAUGGACAACGAGAGUCAAGAGUUCCUGUCAGGCUUCAUGUUUACCACGGUCGCUUUGGGCAUUGGGAGAAAGAAGGGUUGAGGAAGUACAAAGACUCUGGAUUCCUCGCACUUUGGCUAGCGUCAUUAAUAGGUAUCAUUGUUGGCCUGUUAUUUGUAUGGGGCUCUACUGACCCUUCACCGGACGCUCCUCGUUCGCCCCCGUCGAUUCUCCCGCUUCUUCCGCUUCUCCUUAUUCUUCUCAUUCCCCCUCUUGUCCUUCCACCAGCCUUCCUUUUCUUGCUGCAGAAGACCGUUCGGCCCGUUCUCAUGGGCACGGCCAUAAGCAUCCCAUUCUCGUUGUUCGUUUGUGGAUGGUGGGCUUUAGGAGCAAGUUUCGAGACUGCUGGCUUGGAUGGGGUGGAACAAGGAGACAGAUGGUGGGGUACGACAGGGCUGAGGGUCGGUGCUUUGUUACUAUGGGCAUUGGCAGGUUGGUUUGGCAGGCUUGUCUGGCUUAGGAGGAAGAGGCUAGAAAGGGCUGCUUCAGUUGUUGAACUUUCUACCAAGCUUCUCCUAUCCCAUCCACCUCUCCUUCUUCUGACUCCCAUCCUUCUUGGUGUAUUCGCUAUUACCUCCAUUCCAUUCCUUACUUUACUCAUUCGGUUGGGCAUGAUCGGCUAUUGGCGUCAUCCGCGGGAGAACACUUGGGUGUUCCACAUCCGACCUUAUGCUGGGUGGCUCAUCUUCUUGGUGACUUUGGUCUGGGUCUGGACCUGGGGUGUGAUUCGAGGUGUUGGAAGAGUUGCGGUCGCUGGCGUUAUUGGAGAGUGGUACUUUCAUCGUGAGGAGCACAGUCGACAGGAUCCUGUCGAAGUCACCACUGCUGCGGUACAUCGAGCCACAGGCUCUUCACUUGGCUCCAUCUGCCUUGGUGCAGGUAUCAUUGCCGUCGUGCGUACUGUUGGUCGCGCGGCCUCUACCCUUAAGCAAUACACCUCACCUAAAAACACUCGCCUUCCCUCCUUCCUAUCUUUCCUUCACCAUCUCGCCCCCGUUUUCACCAUUAUCGCGGGCGUUCUCGAUCAGCUCAACGGUUAUGCCUUGGUAUACGUCGGUAUCACCGGCGAUGCCUUUUGGCCUAGCGCCCGUCGGGCUGUCGGUCUCGCUGGGAGACGUAGGGUGGGCAAGUUACUGGACUACACCCUCAUCAAACUUUUGCUCACUCUGAGUUCGACGGCGAUGGGAUUGUUCACUGCUACAGCAGGCUACUUGUACAUGGCUCAUUCCAUGGGUAACCCGGGAUAUGCGCCUUUGGCAGGGAUGCUAUGUGGUGGUGUGCCGUUUUUGGCUGUCAGAGCUGGUGCUGGGGUCUUGACUGAUGCAGCGGAUGCGUUAUUUAUCUGCUAUCAAAUUGAUAGAGAGCUUGGAGGGCAACAUAGCGAGGAAACGAAGGGUGCGUUCUUGGGGGAACAGCCUCGAGGAGCUGGUGCAGUUUGAUGCAGUUUGAAAGUCAGUCACGACUUACAACACAUCUGUAUUUCCAUAAUAGACUAUUCAGUAUCCGUGGUGUAAUUAUUUAGUCCGAGCAAAGACUCUGUAUACUAUAGAGAAGGAAGUGGAGGGUUGCCAUCGCGUCAACAAGAGCAAGGGAGUCGUGCAUUAAUCGAGUGUGUUGUAAUGAGCUUCCUGCUAAUUGAUGAAUAUCCUUUGUAGUGUACC